AUGCGUCGUCGAAUUUACCGAUCUUCCGUUAAUACAUUAAAACAGAGCCGGGUUCUUUUGCAAUCUUUUUCUUUCUUUUCUUCUGUUUCCUCUAAUUUCAAUUUCCCAGCAUUCAACUCCGGUUGCGUGCUUGACGAUGAAAACGAGGCUCGCUGUUUAUCGCCUCUUUCCGGUUGUUUAUCCCAGAGUGCCGUGCCGCGCAUGCUCCUUACUCCAAACAGGAAAUCAACUUCUGACCAGGGGAAAAUGAAUUCAAAGGCUGAAACCUUAAAAGCUGCUGCCUUAGAGAAAGGUGAUCACUCUCAGUUGUAUACAAAGAAUAUUGAUGGUCAGAUGUACUUAGUGUUAGCUUCUGAGUUAGAAUCCACAAAUUUGGAAGACAGCCAGAGUUCAACUGAAAGUGAUUCUGAACCUCUGGAUCCUGAUGCCAAAAUUACAGUAGUUUUGCUCGACGAAAAUGGACAAGAAGUGGAAGAAGUUUCAUUUAAAAAUAAUGUAUCUCCUUCUCAAAUUCCAAUUCCAGAUCUAUUAAAAUAUCUACCAGCAACAUCCGAAUUUAUUUCAGAACAUACUUACAGGAUUUCCACACUUCCUUUUUCAACUGCAACCACCACAACAGCUGUUGAAACACUGACGGAUAGCAUAAAGUAUUUACCUGUCACAAGUUCCGGUCCAAAUAUACUUUCUUCAUCUCCUCAUAACACUUUAAUUAUCAAGACAUCUAUGCCCCUGUCAUCAUUGAACCUGAAAUCUUUGAUCUAUUCAGCAGGUUUGGCACCCAAGACUCAGUCUGAAGACACUGAAAAGAUUCCAGAGACGAUUGUUGUUUCAAAAACAAUUGCUCCUACUCACCUCUCUUCUUACCACAAUACUCAAGCUUUUACUUCAUCAACUCCAACAAUCAGUCUGCUCUCUCAAAAACCAUUAACAGCCACAACUAAUUUCAUUACAGCUCCCAUUUCAUCUGUAAACAAAAUUAACUCUUCACUUUCUGAGAGAUCUUUGCUUCAGUGUCAUUCACCAUCUGUGAAUACUAACAACUCUAUUCCAGUUAGCACAGACAAUAAGCUAACCCAGGCUCUGACUCUCCCAGUCACCACUUCUGCCAGCAACCACCAACUUGUCCAGUCUUUCCCAAGUUCUGCAAAUGUGAUAAAACCAAUAAACCCAGCAAAUGAUACCGGUCAGCUGAUUCCCAAAGUCCAGAUUGCUAAUACAGAUUUGGUUGGUGCAUUUAUGACAUUGCAAUCAUUGGCAUCCCAUGUCCAGUGCAAAUCACUUCCAAGUGGCCAAGUUGAUGAAAUGGCUAGCCUUUCCUUAUCUGACAACUCCAACUCUUUGCAAAUGGCCCCAUGUUUGCUUAUACCAAACACUAAAUCUGACACUUCCUCUAGUCAGCUUGUGACAAAGAAACCAACUGUGCACACGAGUUUUGUGUCCCAUAGCCUUGUGUCAGACAUUAACCAUGUGCCAAGUCAAAAUGCUAUAGUCAGCAAUGUUGCCUCUCCUCUGCUGCCUUUAACAAGGCCUACAUCAACCUCUGUACUAGCUCCCAUUGUUCAGAAUAAUUUGCAGCCGACCACAGCUCUCACGUCAUCAAUGUAUAAAUCUUUAGUCUGUGUUAACCAAAUAGAUUCAAAUGUUUCCUCGGAUUCAACUGUUCUUGCUACAACAACAAAUGCUCCUUCUUCUAUUUCCUCCUCUUAUUCUGUUCUUGCUCUCCCUCAAUCAAGUUCCUCCACUGUCCCACUGUUAGCUUUAACAGGUACACAGUUUGUCACAUUAGGUAGUCAAGCUCCAACAGGUACACAAGUUGUUAAACUAACUAGCCAGGCUCCAACAGGUACACAACUUAUAACAUUGGCUAGUCAAGCUCCAGCAGCUACACAACUUGUUACAUUCACUAGCCAGGCUCCAACAGGUACCCAACUUGUCAAACUGACUAGUCAGCCUCCAACAGGUACCCAACUUGUCAAACUGACUAACCAACCCUCAACAGGUACCCAACUUGUCAAACUGACUAACCAACCCUCAACAGGUACCCAACUUGUCAAACUGACUAACCAACCCUCAACAGGUACCCAACUUGUUAAAAUGACUAGCCAGAAUCCAACAGGUACCCAACUUGUUAAACUAACUAGCCAGAAUCCAACAGGUACCCCACUUGUGAAAAUGACUAGCCAACCUCCAACAGGUAUCCCACUUGUUAAACUGACUAAUCAGCCUCCAACAGGUACUCCACUUGUUAAACUGACUAGCCAGCCUCCAACAGGUUCCCCACUUGUUACACUGACUGGCCAGACUCCAACAGGUACACAACUUGUUAAACUGACAGGCCAGCCUCCAUUGGGUACACAACUUGUCACAUUGACUAGCCAGUCUUCAACAGGUGCUCAACUUGUUUCAUUACCUAGUCAAGCACAAACAUCUCCAGUUGUCACACUGACUAGUCAAGCACCCACAAAUUCACAACUUGUCUCUUUGACUAGCCAAGCAUCAACAGGCCCACAACUUGUCUCUUUGAUAAAUCAGAUGCCAUCCAAUCCACAAUUUCUCACUGUUACAUUAACAAACCAAGGCAUGCCAGGUGCUCAGGUUGUCAAAUUGCCUACUCAGGGAUUCCCUGGAACACAUAUUAUCAAAUUACCCACACAAGUCACUCCUACAAUCAGCCUCCCCACACAAAGUUUGUCAAGCUCCCAGGUUGUGAAUCUGAAUUUGGACAAUAGUGCUCCAUCAAAUAUUAAACUAAUGCCUCUCGCCAACUCGCCAGUUUUACAGCUCAACCAGCCAGCUGAUUUGGUUACCAAGUCAGAAAGCAGUAGCAUUAAUGAACAAACACUCACCACAACAUCAACAAAUAAUCCCAAUUAUAAUAGCACUGCUUCAAAUGCGGUAUCGACUCAGUCUUUGCUUCUGAAACAAGGAAUGUCUCUGUCAUCAAAUGUUCUUACACUUCCCUCUGCCACUAUUAGUAGGGCCCCUCUUGGUUUGUCUCUACCGUUUCUUGAUAAUUUCAAACUCUUUAAUUAUCUUUUCUCCUUCUCUCUCUCUCUCUCUCUCUCUCUCUCUACGAACGCGCAUGUGGCUUCGUAUGAGAGUGCCAUGAUUUUCCUUCCUUUAUUCUUUCCUUAUAUCUCCCCCUCUCUCUAUCUAUCUGUUUUUAGAUAUCAUCGUUCAUCUUAA